AUGUUUCAAUAUUGGAGAGAUCUUGCCAGAAAGCAUCGGCGUAAAAUCGUUGUAACAACAGGUGUCGUUACUGUGUCUUAUUUAAUUGGUCGAUACGUGACUAAUAAGGUCAAUGAGUUUCAGGAGAGGCUAAGAGAGGAGAACUUCGCCAAAGAGCAGGUUAAAAGGAGGUUCAAGCAGACACAAAGCGAUUGCUAUAUGACAUUUCUUUCAUUACUACCGGUUCUUGUUGAGCCGAUUUAUGAAGAGCUCAAUGUGGAACAGAUAACUAGAGAUCUACAAAAUCGUCGUACUGAUAAGUCAAAGAAAGGCCAAGAUGUUGUUGGAAGUGGACCCGGCCUCUCUACUGUUGCUAGUGAAGAUUUCCCUUCAAGUUAUGCAGGUGCUGAUUCUAAUGAUGAUAAUAAUGCAACGCAGCCAAUGAAAACCAAAACAGAACUUUGGAACACGUUAAAAAUAGAGUCCCUCACUCGGUUUCUUACACUACUCUACAGCGAGUCGUUGUUGAUCAUCUUUCUACACUUGCAGCUCAAUGUUCUCUCGAGAAAGUCAUAUUUUGAGACCGCAGUGAAGCUUGCAUCUCAAAGAGUCUCCAAUACCCUACAAGAAGAUGAUGAAGAAGAAGAAGAAAACACCUUGGCAGAACAGGCAUUUUUGUCGUUCAGUUGGUGGCUCCUAAAUAAGGGCUGGAUACAGCUUAAAAACCUUAUUCAGGACAGUAUUGAAGAUGUGUUUGGAGAGAUUAAUCCUCGACAGGAGUUGACCAUUGAAGAGUUUGCCACCUUAGUCAACGCCGUUCAGCAGAAGAUCUGCAAGUCCAUAGCAUCCACAGCAGCUGAUAACACCACUCAAGGUCUAAUUGUAUCAUCCCUUCUACCGGAACCUGACUUGCAAUUCUUCCUACUACAACAAACCAAUGAUGUCGGCUUUUUGUCUAGCUUCAAUGCUAACCUAACGCAUACAGAGAACCUCAACAAGCUUUUGAUGGAAUUGAAAGACUAUCUAGGCAAUGAACAAGUCUCUUCGAUACUCAACUUGUUGGUCACCGUGGGUAUUUCUAAAGUUUUAGAUAGUAUUUUUGCUGAUAUGGUGUUGAAAAGAAAGGCCAUAGUUAACAAUGAGGAUCAGAAAAUGCUUGCAAAUGAACAGAAACUCACCAAGGUGAAGUUGGCUUCGUUGUUGGCGGCAGUUACUAAACAGUCCAAUAAACUCGCCAGUAAUUCGCUUGACAACGACAUUCUCUACACACUGAACAAUCUACAAGAGCUGGAUGACCUGAGCGCCGGAGUAUAUUCUAACUUUGAAGUUUAG